CUGUUAGGAAUUCAUAGAUUAUGUUGUGUCACCUCUUUACACUACAUGCGUUUUAAAAGAAAACAAUUAAUAAUUGAAAUAAUAUUUUUACACAAAUACGUAAAUACUUUUAAAAUGUUUAUGUACUUAUAUUAUUUACGUAAAACAUGUCGUUACCAACAAUAAAGCGACAUUAAUCUCGAUAGACGUCUUUACUAAUGUCCGUUUUGGGAGAGAUUCCAAUUACUUCUGGUGAAGUGUCCGUGAAAGGAAAGAUUUCAUAUGCUUCUCAAGAAGCUUGGGUGUUCAACGCAACUAUCAGAGAAAACAUCUUGUUUGGAGAAGAAUAUCAAGAAGACAAAUAUAGAAAAAUCUUGCAUAUAACGGCACUAGAAAAGGAUAUUAGCUUAUUUCCUAAAGGAGAUAAGACAAUCGUAGGAGAGAAAGGAGUGAUAAUGAGCGGUGGGCAGAAAGCAAGAAUUAAUUUAGCAAGAGCGCUAUAUGUGGAUGCCGAUAUUUUCCUCCUGGAUGAUCCACUGAGUGCUGUUGAUGUUCCAGUGGCAAAACAUAUCUUCGAAAAGUGUAUAAUGGAAUAUUUGAAAGACAAGAUAUGCAUUCUAGUUACGCAUCAAAUACAAUUUUUAAACUCUGCGUGUAAAAUUUUAGCGUUAAAAAAGGGAAAAUGUGAAUCUAUUGGAAAUUUUAAACAAUUGGAAAAUUUAGAAAUGCAUACAGGAAUAUUACCAAAGAAAGAAGUUUCUGAAAAUAGCAUUGAUUUAGAGAGUGCGGUUUUUCAUGAUGAUGGUGAUGAUAAAAUUGAAAGUUUUCAAUGUGAUAUGAAUGAUAAAAUUGAAGACAGA